UUACAGAAACUAUUUGCUGACCUCCUGUCCUGGAACAACAGCGGGACUUUCCAGGAUACAAUCAGUGACUACAAGCAAGAAAAGAAACUCACAAGCUGAAAGGAGAGAAAGCAUCUUGGACAUUUUGUAACAGAAGAGAAUAUCUCCUGAGGUGCUUGUCAGCUGUGAAAAUGUCUGACAAGAACCAGAUCAUUGCCAGGGCUUCCUUGAUUGAGCAACUGGUGUCUAAAAGGUAUUUUGAGGAUAUUGGUAAACAGCUUACUGAGCUAGAAAUGAUUUAUGUGUCUAAGGAGCAUCUGCAGGAGACAGAUGUGGUCAGAGCUGUUUACAGAGUCCUCAAAAACUGCCCAUCAGUGACUUUAAAAAAGAAGGCCAAGUGUCUGCUGGCAAAGUGGAGAGGUUUCUAUAAGAAUACACACUUCAAAACAAGGGAAAGCCUUAAAGUACUCCAUACAGAUAUUAAUAAAGAAAUAAGUGUUGCAGUUUCUCAGGAUGAAAGCCAAGAUGAGACACCAGGCUCUAGCCACAAUGAGAUAUUGGGUCUCUGUAGUUCUCUCUCUAGGCUGUCACCCCAAGAUGCUGCAAAGGCUGCUGCAGCAUUUGGGUCUGAAAGUAGCGCUGCUCAAAUGGAAAUUAAUGAAGGCUAUUUGGAGGGUGACUCUGAAUCUCCGAGCAAGAGCUCAGGUGUGCUAGACAAUCCCUUAGUGUCUGUGAGAUCUAAGUGCAUAGAACUUCUCUAUAAAGCCUUAGCUAGUUCUUGCACAGAUCACACAAAAGUUCACUUUUGGCAAAACUUAGCAAGACAAAUUGAAGAGCACAUUUUUACUCUUCAUGCAAACGAUAUCAAAAAAUAUAAAAAUAAUAUCCGAAGCAAAGUUGCCAAUUUGAACAACCCCAGAAAUUCUCAUUUACAACAAAAUUUGCUCUCUGGAACCAUAUCUGCAAGGGAAUUUGCUGAAAUGACUGUACUGGACAUGGCAAACCAGGAGCUGAAGCAGUUGAGAGCUUCCUAUAUAGAAUCCAGUAUUCAGGAACAUCACCUUCCCCAAAUAGUUGAUGGCACACACACAAAUAAAAUUAAGUGUAGGCGCUGUGAUAAAUACAACUGCACAGUCACUGUAAUUGCCAGAGGAACACUUUUCCUUCCAAGUUGGGUGCAGAAUUCAAACCCAGAUGAACAAAUGACCUAUGUCAUUUGUAAUGAAUGUGGGGAGCAGUGGUACCAUAACGACUGGGUGUGCUUGUGAUUUGUUAAUACUCUUUUCAAGGACAUAUGUUUUAAAUAUAAAACAUAACCUUCUGUGCUCACUUUUCAA